AUGGCGAUUGGAACAAUGGAAGUGAAGCUGGAUGGUGCCAAAGGUCUCAAAAGAACUGGAUAUGGCUGUAUGUGUGUAUUUCUUACAGGUAAAAUAGAUCCAUAUGUUUUGCUUCAGUACAGAAAUCAAGAGUGCAAGAGCACCCCUGCAAAAGGAAAAGGCACUAGCCCAAUAUGGGAUGAGAAGUUUGAGUUCACGGUCGAUUCUCCAUUGGCAGAUGAUGAUCAACACAAACUCGUGCUCAAAAUCAUGGAUCACAACACCUUCCGUACACAUGACUAUCUUGGCGAGGCAACGAUCUACGUGAAAGAACUUAUAGAAUUAGGGGUGGAAAAAGGAAAGGCUGAACUCCAUCCUCAAAAAUACAGAGUUGUCUCCACAAAUAAAACUUAUCAUGGAGAGAUUCAAGUUGGAAUUACUUUCACUGAAAAGGAAGAAAAUAUUGAAGAACAAAAUAUGGCGGAUGAAAGGAAAGCGACUACUAGUUCUUCUAUCAGCUAA